AUGCGACCCGACUGCUCCAACUUCAACCUGAACCGGGGGAUCCCCGAGCAGCUCGACGCGUCGGACACCGCGCCGCCGCCGCUGCCGCCGUGGCUCCGCGGCUUUCUCGUCACCGCGCGCAAGCGCGAGCACGCGGCGGUCGCGGGCGAGGAGGUUGCGUCUCUGUGCGACGACAUCUUCCUGCGCGAGAUCGACGGCGUCGGCGGCUCUCGAGAGAAAACGCCGCCGGCGGGGAAAAGAAACGCCCGUUCGACGCGCGUUUUCGCGGAGUCGUUACUCAUCCCCGGCUGCCCCGGCAGCGUCUUCGUCGCGAUCAAACCGGACGACGCCGACGUCGACGUCGUCGCGCUCGCGGAAAAAAUAAUCGAAGACGUCGACGACGACGCCGCGCGCGCGGACGUGUGUUGGUCGCGCACCGCACACGCGCAGCGCAUAAUCCCGGUCGAGCGCAUCGCCCCGGAGUACGACCUCGAGCGGCUCGCGAGGGAGGUGAUCGCGAAGAAGUUCCCCGCCCGCGGCAGGGCGACGGACCGCGGACCGCCGCCGACGUUUAAGGCGCGUUCUAGUACCGAACUGGUGAGCUACGAGGAGCACUCGCCCGCGGAGCACCUGCACAAGAUGGAGACGGAGAAGAUGGUCGCGGACCUCGUCCCGGACCACUACGACGUCCGCCUUCACGACCCGGACCUGACGAUCUUGGUCAUCGUGGCCGGCGGCAGCGCGAUGCUCGCGGUGACGCGCGGGUACGACGCGUCGCAGAAGUUUCACAAGUUUCACGUGCGCGCGCGCGACGCGGCGAGGAAAUCGAGACAUCCGAAGCAUCCGUUCGCCGCCGUGCACGCGUUCGCGGAGAAACACGGCGGGUUCGCCGCGUGA